ACAUGAGGCUCCUGGUAGCUAUGGCGGUGACGGCGGCGGUGCUGGGGCUAGUUCGACCCCAGUGCUUUUCGGAGCAGGACGAUUUCUCCGUCAUCAACACCGACCUCUCGGGCAUCACCGACUUCGGCUUCGAGCUCUACAGGCAGCUGGCGCCCCCGCAGUCCCCCGAGAACUUCUUCUUCUCGCCCUACAGCAUCUGGACGGCCUUUACCCUCGCCUACUUCGGCUCCGGGGGGGAGACGGCGGCGCAGCUCCAGAGGGCCUUGAGGGUCGAUGAUCAAGUCGCCACGCUCAAGCUCUGGCGAGCUCUCGAGGCCAUGUAAGAGUCUAUAUAGUGAUUUUAUAGAAAUUUUUAC